AUGGUGCUACCAAAGUCUUCAGCCCUUCGGGGCAGCAUCCGGUCGUUCACUCUCAAGAGAGUUGGUGCCCAAGCCCGAACAAACUUACGUGCGGUCGGUCGUCGAGGCUACGCAAGUGAGCAUGGGGAAACGAAGAGCAGUGACCUGCCCUGGAUAAUCGGCUCUGUCGCCGUUACGGUACCCGCCGCGACCUGGCUUUGGAGCCAAGGCCCCACGAAGUCUGACCACGGCCACGCCGACGAGGGUCACGCGGAAGAAGAACCAAAAGAAGCCACCGAGGAACAGUCCUCCCAGGAAGAGCCUGAAGAGAAGGGCGAAGAUGCCAAGGAGGAGGGUGGUGACGAGGGUGGAAGAUCCGAAACGAGUGAGGAAGAAACCACCGCGGGUUCGCUGCCACCGGGCGAAAGUAAAGUCUCAGAGAAGCAGGGUGACAAAGGAGCUAAAAAAGAUGUCUCUGGCGCCAGCAACCCAUUUAUGUCCGCUGAUGAGGAGAGCAAGAAGCCUGAGGGAAUGGCAGCUUCGGCAAAGAUCACCGGUACAGUUGAUCCUUCCCGACCAACUAGCGGCCACAAGGGCAGCGGCGAGACCGACGAGAAAGGGGAAGAUGACAAGUCCGACAACUGA